AUGGGGUUUCAGAAACAUCUGAAUCCAAAUUUACCGGAUCCAUCCAUCCAGCCAUCUUUAUUGCAUUCAGUAGUUCCAUCCUCAGUUGCUCCGCCAAUCAACGUUGCUGUACCUGUAGUCAGUUGUUGGUCAUCAUCGUUAUCACUAUUCCGAAAUCUAUUGGUUGUUUCUGGAGCAGGUCCGAAUGUUACCUAUCGUUAUGUUCAUUUUUGCAUCACUGACAACGACUUUAUUCCGAUUAGGAGUAUUCGAGGAGUUCCAGUGGUUUUAACAGGAAUUAUCAUUUUAAGAACAUAUGAACUGAGUAGUCCAAUUUCAAGUAGGGAGUAUCAGGGUAGUUUAACGUCAGCUGGUUUAAAUUUUAUGCCUGCUUAA